AUGGCUACCUUCCCUGCGGAGCCGAGCGCGGGCCCGGCGAGCGGGGAGGCGGUGGUGGCGGCGGCGGCGGCGGCGGGGGCCGCGGACGAGGAGGAGGAGGAGGAGGAGGACGAGGGCGAGGGCGAGGCGGACGAGCAGACGGCGCGGCGCCUGCUGCAGACCCUGCAGGCGGCCGAGGGCGAGGCGGCGGCGGCCGGGGAGGGCGCGGGGGCCCCGCCGCUCUCGCUGCAGCCGCCGCCCCCCGCCGCACCCGCCCCGGCCCCGGGCCCCGGCGGCGCCCCCAGCCCCGCGCCCGGCGGCGGGCUGCGCUUCUCGGCCGAGCAGGUGUCGUGCGUGUGUGAGGCCCUGCUGCAGGCGGGCCACGCGGGCCGCCUGGGCCGCUUCCUGGGCGCGCUGCCGCCCGCCGAGCGCCUACGUGGCGGCAGCGACGCGCUCCUGCGCGCCCGGGCGCUCGUGGCCUUCCAGCGCGGGGACUUCGCCGAGUUGUACCGGCUGCUGGAGAGCCGGCCCUUCCCCGCGGCGCACCAUGCCUUCCUGCAGGACCUCUACCUGCGCGCCCGCUACCGCGAGGCCGAGCGAGCCCGGGGCCGUGCGCUGGGCGCCGUGGACAAAUACCGGCUGCGCAAGAAGUUCCCGCUGCCCAAGACCAUCUGGGACGGCGAGGAGACCGUGUACUGCUUCAAAGAGCGCUCGCGGGCCGCGCUCAAGGCCUGCUACCGUGGCAACCGCUACCCCGCGCCCGACGAGAAGCGCCGCCUCGCCGCGCUCACUGGCCUCUCGCUCACGCAGGUCAGCAACUGGUUCAAGAACCGACGGCAGCGCGACCGCACGGGCGGCCCGGGCCCCGGCGGGUCUGCGGCAGCGGCCGCGGGGGCGCCCGGCAGGAGUGAGUCAGACGGGAACCCCAGUACAGAAGACGAGUCCAGUCACGGAGCGGAGGAAGUGGAAGCUGGAGCGGGAGCAGCCCCGGGGAGCACAGAGGUACCAGCUCCUGGUUCUGUGUUCCUGGCUGGGGCAGCAGCUCCGUCGGGACCCCCCAGCGCCCCAUCUAUCCUGCUCAAUGGGGGCUUCUUGACCACGGCCAGCUCCCCAGCUGUGCUGCUGAAUGGAGGCUCUGUCAUCAUUAACGGACUGGCUCUGGGGGAGGCCCCAGGCCUGGCCCCACUCUUGCUCACUGGGGCCGCUGGAGGAGGGGGCCCACCACCCUCUAGCCCACAGACCCAGGCUCCACUGCCCUCCCUGCUCCAAGUUCCCCAGCCUGGAGACCUGAAGGCUGAAGAUGCCCAGCCUGAAGAUGGGGGCUCCAAAGUGAGCCAGGCAUCUGGGGAAGAAGCCCUGCCACUGCAGGGGCUGUCUCUCUCCCAGGUGGUCCCUGGCCCCCAGCCGGCAGCACCCUUCCCUUCUCCUACGGUAGUAACACCUGCUGGGCCGGGGCCCCAGGUGGUACCGCUGUCACCCCCAGGUCCGGUAGCUCCGGUGCCAGCCCCCCAGGUGGUCCCCCUAUCUCCCUCAGGCCCUGUUUACCCUGGGGCCUCGCCUUUGGUCUCCCUUCCCCAAGUGGUGCCCACAUCCCAGGUGGUGACACUGCCCCAAGGCGUGGGGUCCCUACAGCUGCUGGCUGGGCCUGCUAGCCCUGUCAAGGUGGCGGCAGCAGCAGGAGCCACCCUGGGCCAGGCCAACGUGCACCUCAUCAACCCAGGCAUGGGGGUCACAGCUUUGCAGUUACCUACAGCCACUCCAGGUAACUUCCUCUUGGCAAACCCGGUUUCCAGCAGCCCUAUUGUAACAGGGAUGACACUUCAGCAGGGCAAGAUCAUCUUGACUGCCACCUUCCCAGCCAGCAUGCUCGUCUCCCAGACCCUGCCACCCACUGCUGCCAGCUUGGUGCUGCCCGUCAAACAGGAAGUCCCGGCUGCUGUGACUGAGGGACCAGCUCUGGCCACGGUGGCCCCUGGCCCAGCCCUUCCCUCCUUCUCAGCCCAGCCCCAGGUGCCUGUGGCUCCAGUGGCAGCUGGCCCAGCCUUCUCCCCAGACUCCUCUGGACUCCUAACCAGUGUCCCCAUCUCCACUGUCUCUUCUUGGCCUGGGGGCCUGGAGUUGGGGGUGGGAACUGAGGGGCUCUUUGAGAUGGAGAAAGGGCUAGGAACAUCUGCCCCCCAUACCCUCCUGAGGCUGCCUGAUGGGGACGGCCUCCUGUUGGGGGCCACAGGGGCUGAGGAGGGGGAUGAAUUGGAGCCCGAGGACAAGGUCUUGACCCAGCUGCAGUCGGUGCCUGUGGAGGAGCCGCUGGAGCUGUGACUGGAUUCAGACCUCUGGGCUCUUCUCCCCCAAUCCCCAAAUGAGGUGCUUUGAAGACUGUAGCGUCCUUCCUUCCUCAAGGGGCCAAAGGGGAAUGAGUCAGUUUGUGCCUCCCACAAAUGCUACUGUCUUCUAAAUCGUAACACUAAUUCACCCCACCCCCUCGGGGGUCAGAGGCUCCCUCAGGCCCCUCUCCUUCUGGGGGGUCCUCGGAGUUCCCCUGGGAGUGGAGGCUUCAGCUUGUUACAUACAGCCCCACCCCCAUCCGCCCACCUGGAACAGUUCUUGGGGGAAUUGAGGGGUGGCUGCACACCCAUCCCUCUUGAAUCCGGUACUGGCUGUGAAUUGUCUAUGAAAAAAACACUAAGGCCCUUGGGUCCACCCUCCCAAGUACCCUGUCCUGCCCUUCCAAUGGCUGUUAAUUUGAGAGGUCCCAGAAAGGGGCCCAGGGCCCCACCAACACCCCAUGCACACAUCUCCUAAGUAGCCAACAGUGUCUGGGUGGUGGCGGUGAGGGCCCCACAAUCCCUCCUUACCCCAGACCAAAGAUCCUUCCUCCCGGGAGGGGGUGACCUUUCUGACCUUGGUUUGUACCUUCCCAAAUCUUUAUAUUUUUCUAGGACAUGUUACUGCCUCAAUUUCAAUAAACCAGACCCAGAAAUGCA